AUGCGCCUCUCCCUACUUCCCCUCCUCUUCAUAACAGGUGCUCUAGCACAACGAUUCACAACUACUAUCGGCGAGGAAAUUGUCGUCGCUACGGCGUUUACUACCCGUGGCGAGACGACUACGCGUAUCCUUGACACGAUCGAUACGGUUGAGAAGACGACGCAGUCGUUUACACCUAGUGGUUCGGUCUCCUUCAACCCAACCGACACCUACACCGUACCCAAGCCAACCCGCAUCGCGACUUUAGGCAGCCCCUCGCCCCUCGCCAACUCUGGCCUCGCAAAUGUGACCGUCACAGCUACCACCUCAGCCGUACCCAGUGGCACGAGGAUAGGCCUAGGAGCAUACCAGACCUCUUUACAAGCCGCUCAAGCGACGCAGUCUGGAUCAGCCUCCCGCAUCCUCCCAGCCGCACCGCUAGCCUUGGCAGGCGUGGUGUACGCGCUCAUGUAA